AUGGACAUAGAUUCAUUCUUUUUGAUUCCGACUCUAAUCCCUGAUCUCCGCCGCUGCCUGAACCCCAGCAGCCCCGUUCAGAUCCGCCGGGCGCUCCACUCAACUCUUCAGUCGUUGUUGCAUGACCCCUCCACUUUGUCGCUCGUCUCCUCCAAUUCGCCGCUAGGGCUCCCGACUCCGGCUGUGCCCCCGCCGGCGAUCAGCUCACUGUUGGUCGCUCGCCCGACUUCCCCGUUCUCUUUGGAGGUCUGGAUCAGUGAAUCCCCGUUCGAACCAUCUUUCCAGGUUCAAUCUCUCUGCAUUACCAUCGCCGUCGGAGUUCGUAGUUCGUUGAUGUGCUUUCCCUUGUAA